AUGGCUGAACAUCAAAUGAAUUGGAAACCAAUUGAUAACAUACUGAACUUCCAAAAAUAUAGCGAAGCUGAGUUUGCUAUCUCGUUUACCACUUCGUUCGCAGCCUCUGAUUUAGGAUUCAUGCUAUUCACGUACCGCAGUAUGCACAAACACUGUAGGCAGCUAAUGAUGCAACUACGGUACAUCAGAAUGUAUGUAGACUCUGAUUAUAGACAGAAAUCGGUUUCUUCUGGCGCUCUUUUGAACUCUAGAAAGAGGGUUACUAUUCGAAUUUGUUCCAUUUCAUUUCACAUUGACAUUGAUGUUACAAAGUUAGCAAUUACAGUUGCUAGCAUUCCCCUAAUGAUUUCAAUACUGAAAAUAUGUGAGCUUGAUAUAGGUCUUCUCAUAAGUCAAAACCCGCAUUCCUUUAACCCUCUUGUUGCGUCGCCAACAGGUCAACCUUCCAGCUAG